UACUAUGUCUAUCAUGUAGCAAUUUCCCGUUCAUUUGCAAAUCUUAGAAAAUGAAUGCAGCUCGUAUCAUUGUUCUUACAUUCUGCUCAGUGCAGUAUGUGUUGUGUGAAUUGAAUACGGAAUAUUUUCCCGCCAAUUUAGGAACAAACUGUCCGGAGAGGUACCAGUGCCAGAGAAAAACUUACUUUCCAAACUGUCAGUGUGAUUCUGAUUGCUUAAUAUACGGGGACUGUUGCCAUGACUACAGAAACAAUCACACAGUUGAAAACAAAACGAUUCCAGAAUUUACAUGCGAGUUUAGAGCAAGCAUUGACUCUGACAAUUUCAUUUACAUUGUGAAUUCUUGUCCUUCUGGCACUGAUUCAUAUCUUAGAGAGAAAUGUGAAGCAGAAAACGAUGUGUUCGACCACCCGUCUACUGGUCCGAGUUCGGGAUAUCUGUAUAAAAACAUGUAUUGCGCUAUGUGUAAUUUUGAUGAUUACGUCAUGUGGAAUCCAGGACUCCAGUGUCAUUGGAGAUUAUCCAUUCCGGCGAAUUUGUCCGUCUCCUCCUUAAAUAACGAUACCAACUGUUACGUGACACACUCGCCUCCGGAAAAAAUCCAGAAACAGCGGACUUGCUUUCCAAUCAGUUCUAAUGUAACGGAAUGUCAGAACGAAACAUCGAUGACGUUAUGUAAAUACGGAUAUUAUGUGCCUCUGUUUGGACUGAAGAUUGUCUUUCGAAACAUCUACUGUGCAAAAUGUCAGGGUUAUCCAGAAUCAAACAUAUCAUGUGGCGGCAUGAAGGAGACAAAGUUAAUUCCUCCUAAACCAAAUAGAAAUGGUUACACCUAUAGUUACAGAAUUCUAUUUGAUCUCAAUUUGAAAAAGGAGACGAGAGAGACGCGCUCUCGCAAUAGAUUGGUGGGGUCAUCUACGAAUUCACUAUCUAAUGUCUGUAGUGCAGAUCAUCUCCUGGAUCCUUUGACAGGGCAGUGUUAUAAGAUACUGUGCAAAUCUCCGUUUGUUUAUCAAAAUGGUAAAUGUUUAUUGAAAGAGCGGCUUACUAACAACGCAAACAAUUCCUCACCAUGCCUCUCUCGAAUUUUUCGCCAAAAUGAGUUCGAAUUAAUCAAUUCCACUACAAUUUUUGUGUUCUCCUUCAACAUAAUGAUGCAUGAUUUUACGCUCUCAGAAAAUGAAAGCAGUGCAUACGUUUGCAUAAACGGAACGGACAUUGAUAAUCAAAUAACUUUCACAAAACUGGCAAUUUAUUUUUCAAAAGAAGAGAGUUUGCUGUCUUUCGUUGGUGGAAUUUUGUCAUUAGCGUGUCUGCUGGUGUGUUUGACUGUUUACGUUUGUUCGCCCAAGUUGCACAAUAUUCCCGGCAAGAACCUUAUGUGCUUGAUGGCAUCCUUGUUCGUUGCGCAAUUGUUACAUUUGGUAGCGCCAUUUAUCUUCGAGAUGAAAAACCAAAGUUUAUGUAAGGCCCUAUCUAUUGUAACGCAUUUUGCUUUCCUAGCUGCUUUCUUUUGGAUGAAUGUGAUGUCUUUCGACAUAUUUUUCACAUUUUCAACGGGGCUUACUAAUUUGGGUGAAAGGGAGACUUCUUCAAAGCGCAUGCGAUUUUACUGGCUCUAUGCUUGGUUGGGUGCUGCUAUCAUAGUUGGGUCCGCAGCCUCGGUCGAGUAUACUUCGGAUUCAAGUUUUAAACCCGGAUAUGGUAAUGGAAUGUGUUGGAUUUCAAAUAGCAGAGGUUUGCUCAUCUUCUUUCUGGUCCCCAUCGCAAUUCUGUUGUUUUCAAAUUUUGUUUUCUUCCUUAUAUCUGCCAUAAGUAUACACAUGUCAUCCAAGAAAAUUUCCCGGAUUCUGAAGAGAAAGAACACGUGCAAAUUACUCAUUUACAUAAAAUUGUCGGUUGUGAUGGGGUUAACCUGGUGUUUUGGUUUCUCGGCAGCGGCAACCAAUAGUCAGGCGUUAUGGUAUUUGUUUAUUUUCUUCAAUGCUUUACAAGGAUUCUUUAUUGCAACUUUCUUUGUAUGUACGAAAAAGGUGUUCCAAAUCGUCCGAGAUGGCGUCUCUUCAUUUUAUUCCAAUAUCAGGUCGUUUACUGAGAGAAAAUCUCUAGCUUCAAAGCCUGAGAGUGAGGAAGGUAGGAAUGCUUCUAUGAGACUCGAAACCCGAUAUUAGUGAAGUACAGAAACUUUAUAAGAGAUCUGCAGGCAUGUUCACUAGGCUAUCUUAGGACUAAGUAUGUCUUAGGGCACGUCCUAGUUUUAAAUCUGGUUCUCGAAGCUCUCCCAAAUUUAGGCCUCGCCAUAACUUCAUUCUAACUUUAGGACAACAUAAUUCUUGUUCUAAGAUCAUUCUAAGUUUGUAAUAAACACGACGAUAGCCAUGAUAUUAAAGCAAAAAGUUCACAAAAACUGUGAAAAGAUAAUUAAGGACAUUGGCAACCCGCGAAUUACUGAAUUGUGAGUAAGUAUAGACUUUCGUGGUUUUCAUAGCCUCCUGGUGCUUUUGGGCCGGGAUGCCUUUUCCUUAAUGUCACUAGUAUAGGAAAGGCCCUUUCAUUCUAAUCUCAAGAAGAUUUAAAUUUUCCCUGUUGAAAAAUGUGGAUUCCUCUUCUUACUCAUGAUAAUUCACUGAUUCGCACAACUCACAAAUCAAAUGCAGACCUGUUUGACUUGUGUCGGAAAAACUGAUUGUUCAAUUAUUGUUAUCAAAGACCUUGACAUGAGCAGAUGUUAGUCAGGGUAGAUCGUUCGAUUUUUAAACCGAAAACAGGUAUUGGAUGACUCAGUGGUUUUGCAUUGCAUUCAUCGUAAAAAGAAAUAAUAAUAUACUAGUAUAUCAAACACACUUGUAUAGGUUCGAGUAUCACAAUAUCCGUUUGUUUUAUUACUUUUUUAAGUACAUGUAGUAAGUAAUUUCGAUAAGUUUUACUUUAUAACAUAUGAAUGUUAUAUCGAAUUCACGAUAUCUAUAUUAGGAAUAUUCAUAUAAAUAAAUAGUGUCUGUUUUUUCUCUACCUGUCUGUGUCUAGAUUGUAUUGUUUACUCGGAAAUAUGUCAUGUGUAUAAAAUACAUGUAAAGGAGUAAAAAUGUUCCGAAGUAGUUAGGACAUCCUAACGCAAGAUGUUCCUAAGAUAUCGUCGGGAAACAUCAUAUGACGUGUCCUAAUUUUUUCUUUGGAUGUUCUUAACUUUUUUCCUAAGUUAUAUCUUGGGACAUAUCUUAAGAAAGUUUUGUGAACAUACCCAUCAAGAGAACUGUAACUUCAGGGGCGGGGGUUGUUGUUGCUUUUAUGGAAGGGAAUUUCCGCCAUAAUUCUAUAUCCUCCUUGUAUUCUUAAUCUUAACCUACUUUUUUAAAUUCCAUGUUACCUUAUAUAACAUGAAAGUUGAAGAUAACGAACAGUGAUCAAUUCCACAACUCCUAUAAGGUAUACAAAAUAGCCGGCCAAACACAGACUAUACCAGAGGUGGAAUCAGACAAACACAGACCCCUGGAUAUACCAGAGGUGGGAUCGGGUGAAUAGGAGGAGUAAUCACCCCCUGUCGACAGGUCACGCCCGCCAGGAGCUCUAUAUGUCUUAAGUAAAGAGAAUAACUCGCAAUCAAAAUCAAUGUGUCAAGAACGGCCCAACAAUCGGUAUGAAACACGUGAAACAACAUUUGACCCAGUGACAGGCCGUAUUGGCAAACUAGAUCAUUAUAACGCUAUAAACUUUACGAAAUGCUGACUUUAAUUGAGACUGUUGAAACCCCUGUAACAUCAACUUGUUUGUCAGUAUAUUUCAAUUUUCAUUCUGAAAUUCUAUUUUACUACAUGACAUCUUUAUUUCCAUGUCACAUUGUUAUAUUUCAAUUUUCUCAAGCGCCGCGGUGGUCUAGAGGUUAGGGCGUUCACCCCGCAUGCGAAAGACCUAAGUCGUUAAAAAAAAAAAAGGUAGUGACAGUUCCAUCACAGAACGCACGGUAUCAGGUGUGAAUGUCAUGGGUCCUCGGGAAUGACCUUAAAAACGGAUGUUCCGUGUCACAGUAGAUGUGGCACGCUAAAGAACCCUCACUGCUCAAAGGCCGUAAGCGCCUAGUGAAGGCCUAUAUUUGAAGCCCUUCACCGGUCUUGGUGACGUCUCCAUAUGAGUGAGUGAAAAAUUCUCGAGAGAGACGUUAAGCAAGAUGCAAUCAAUCGAUCAAUUUUCUAUUUGCUUUCGUCUUUUCCCCCCACCCCCGUCGUAAGAGGCGACUGCCACAGCAGGUGUGGCACAAUAAAGAUCCUUCACUGCUCAAAGAACGUAAGCGCCGAGCAUAGACCGAAAUUUUGCAGCUCUUCAUCGGCAAUGGUGACGUCUCCAUACGAGUGAAAUAUUCUUGAGAGGGCCGUUAAAAAUUAUUCAAUCAAUCUAUCUAUCGUCAUUUUUACAUCUAUAUGACAUUCUUAAUUCUAUCUCGCCUUACUGCAUUCGUUGCAUUUUAAAUACUUACUUUGAAUUUCCAACCGCACAUUUUUGAUUUUACCGAGAUUCUCUCUGUAGAAAGUCCUUGUUAAUCCCAUUGUUUUGUUGCAUUCGUAUUCUAUGCUAAUCAUAGGUUUAAAUUUGUGGUACUUCACCAACAUCUGGUGACGUCUCGAUAUCAGUGAAAAAUUAUCGGCGGAACCUAAUCUCUCUCUUUCUCAGCAAAGAGAUACUUGUAAGGGAUUUUUGAUCAUUUAAAAUCCAACUUUAACAUUGCGUAUCGUGUAUGUGUUACAUGGAUUGUAGGGGGUGCCUACAGGUAGGGGUGCAGAGUCGCCGAGUGACAGGAGUUUUACGGGGGUGACUUCACGCGCGGAUGACGUCACGCAGGGCGUGGCGGACUCCCAUAGAUGAAAUGUAAGCCCACAAGGGGACUUGAAAUGGCAGUGGAGUUUUGUCGUCGACAGGUGUGGUUGUUCCGAAUGAUUUAAGGGACACAGGGUCCGCACGGACCGAGGUGUUACCAGGCACAGGUGAGAAGUUGUGUGGUUGGUCGGAGGGGACUGCUCAGGCAGGUGUAAGUUACCAGGCACAGGUGAGAAGUUGUGUGGUUGGCCGGAGGGCACUGAGGCAAGUGUUAGUUACCAGGCACAGGCGAGAAGUUGUGUGGUUGGCCGGAGGGCACUGAGGCAGGUGUUAGUCACCAGGCACAGGUGAGAAGUUGUGUGGUUGGCCGGAGGACACUUAGGCAGGUGUUAGUCACCAGGGUGGUUAGCUGGAGGACACCGGGGAUUGUGUCGGUUGCCAUAGUGAUGACUUCUCGGGGUAACUCUGGGUGUCCCUCCACAGUGUCUGAAGGUCAGGAUGACCAGUUCUCUGAUGCAGAUGAUGAGUCUGGGGAUGAAUAUGUUUUCCAGUGUAGUGUUGGGGAGUCUGGAUUGUUCCAGUCAGGGAUCUACGCAUGCUUUGAAAUUUAUGAUAAAGUAUGUGUAGGUUUCCAUUCAGUGGUAGUGCUAUUGAGUGUUGCCAAGGGGCACAGUCUAAUCAUUACAGAUGUCCCAGCCAUGUUUGAAGCAGUGGCAUAUCAGUUCUCUGGAAAGUGUGUCCCCAAGGUACCUAACAAGUGUAUCACUGUGUGCUGGCCAAAUGGUGGUUGUGUUAUGUCUGGGUGUACUGGGGAUGACCCUGCGCAUGCGGGGUUGUGUCUCUGUUCGACUUGGUUAGGGUCUCUGAUGGUUGGUGAGAUAGGAGUGUUCUCUCUCAGAUUGAGAGGCUUCCCCCUGAUAAACUUCAAAGUAAUGAACGGAAUUGGUUUGUUGCUAGUGGCUUCGCGCGUUCCCAUUGGUCGUGGGCUGAUGGCUGUGCAGUCCAGGUUCGACUGACAGUGAACUAGGGGCAACCCAGAUUCUGUCAUCGCAAAAGGGGUACAAAAGAAAACGAGUCAUGUAAGGGGUGUAAACUCCUCCAUGCUAACUGGACCCCGAAAUGUAGGGAACAACAGCUUGGUCUGCGGUAAUCCCGCCGUUGGUAAGCGGGGGCCUUUCCUUGUAUUGUUCCAGUUGCUGUCCUGGAAGUUGUGAUGUCGUCUGUGGUGUUUGUACUGAUGCAUCUGUCCACGAUGAUACCUGUCCUGUGACGAAGUUGGUUACCGAAUGUGAUGUUACUUUCCUGUUCGUGAAUUUCAUGUGAUGUACUGUGUGACCGUGACAUUCUGUGUUGUGAACUUCUUUUGGACUGUUAAAGCGUUGUGAUUUUAUAAAGUAAAGUUUAAUAGACUGUAAAUCAUAUGUGAAAUUCAUUCAUUGUUUUGGAAUAUUGUAUGUAUCUAUUGUAAGCUACAGUGCUGCAGGUUAAACUUGUCGGAUUUGGAAAUUCCUCCUCAAAAUGGGGGAGGAAUGUAGUGAUUUAGGGAUGGGGUGGAUUUUAGGAUUUCCGGUCGGGCUUGGAGUCGUAUGAUAUUGCACGUGCUACUCUGUCUCUUUUACCCGCGAAUUCUCAAGACUAGCGGGCGUGUUUCGUAGAGCGCAACACUGUGGUUAUUGUAUAGUGUAGUCUUUGAAGUUGUCCUGUUUGUGAGUUAAUAUAUGUGUGUUUUUCUAGUGCUCGCUUUAUAGAAAAUCACUUAGAUCAAAUCAAUUCUGUGUGACCAUAUUUUGAACUCUUAAAAUCUAGUUCAUGUUAAGGUUAACUUUAUACAUGUCCGUUAUAGCAUUAAUUUGAUCUGUGUUUUGUUUUAAUGUGCGGUUUUCAACACAGGCCAGAUGGGGGUAAUCCUAUUGAUAAGUUUUUCAAAUAAAUCUAUCAGAGAAGGGUCUUUCUAUUUUAGAAUUAGGACAUUACUCCUCGAAGUGGAGGGAGUGUAGUGAAAUUGGGUGUCAAAAUUACGAUAGGGGCGAAUUGCCAGGGAACCCGCUCCCUUUUUACCGGAAGCGGGAACACCGAAUCUCUCACCUUAGCUCCGGGAUUUGAAGAGGCAAGGCCGCGUGUUGAUUGCCCAGAAAAUUUUGUCAGUAUUUAUCGUUUAUUGUGUAUUUUCCAAGAAAUAUAUUCUUU